AUGCAGCGCCCGACGUGCACGAACAUCCGUAUACGCUCAGCCCGUGAUGCACACAAGAUAUUCGUCGCCAUCCAACUGGGCAGACUCCAGAUGGUCAACCGGCGCCUCGACGCCGACGAGAGGCUCGCCUUGCGCCCUGGGUGCGUCUACGCCUGGGAAGAACGUGGGCCGAAUGCCGAGGUGACGGGGCUGGGCAUCGAGCGCUUCACGGAGGGGAGGCAUUGGAGCCCAAGUCGCGUUCGCGAUGAAUUCCUCUUCUACCAUGAAAAAUAUGUCGCGCCAGACUCAACCAGUGAUGCCGCUGGAAAUCAACCACCACGAGGCUGGGAUCGACUUGUGAAGCAGACGUAUUCUGUCUGGGUGCAGACGCAGAACGGCAAGCGAAAGUGGCAUCUUACGUCCUAUUAUACCGAAGGUACUGUCGACAAUCUCGGUACCGUCGAUGACAUCGAGGGCCUCCGGAACAUCACCAUUCCCGAGGGCAUGUUCACCAAGAGCACUCGUUCCACCAAGAAUCGCAAAGCUCGCCAAGGGCGCACCAAGGAUGCAGAGCCAGCGGCGGUGUCGAGGACAUAUGCCCCGUAUCCGUCAGAGGCGGCUAACAACCAACCGCCGCCACCCGCCUCACCAUCCCAGUCCCAGUCUGUGCAGAUGUAUCACCCCUAUCCUCGAUCCAACCAGCAGUUCCCCGAAUAUGAUUCCCAGCCUGUGCCGUCGUCCUCCGUGCGCCCCGCCGUGCCAAACAGCGGACUAUCCUACUCCCAAACCCAGCCCUCGUACCCAGCCAGCUCCAUGCCUGGUCCCUCUCGACCAGCCCCACCUCUCGUAACAUCCGGUCUACGGUCCGCCAUAAACUACCCUCCCCCGCCCGGCCACCCGUCGCCUUCGUCCUCACACAGCUCGCAGUCAAGCCAAAGCAGCCCAUACAUGGAACGAGGAUCCUCGCACUGGUACACCGCCCCGCCCCAACAGCCAUAUGUCGAAAAUCAGCCACCCGUUUAUUCGUACUCCGAACAACCCCCAGCGUCCUUCAGCAGCACCACCUCCACCGGGUUGCCCCCGCAGAACGCCCACCUAUACGCCAUGGCCAAAUCCCACCCUCUCCCUCUCACGGGAAGCACCGUUCAGAACCUCGUUGCGCCCAUUCCCGUCACGUCUUCGUCAUCGCUGCUUAUCCAUGAUCAGUAUGAUCCCGGGGCCGAUUCGGACGGUACUCCGUCUUCUUCAAGCAUGUCCAGCGUGGAUGACACACGCAGGGGGGAUAUUGGUCCUAGUAGGGCCCUGGCGCCUCUCCAUACGCUCAAGCGGCGGCACCCCUACCGCCGCGAUCCCGCCGACGAUAAGGCCCUGAGGCUGCUCGAUCCUAGUCUAGCGGCUGGUACCUCUCCCGAGACUCAAUAG